GUCCUAUGGCGCUUCUCGAGGCCGCACACCCUCAUCGGCUCCGCCCUGUGCAUCCCCGCACUCUCUCUGUACGCCGCGCCGCCCGGCGCCGCCAUCUCGAGUGCAGUGUUCGUGCCGCUGGUGCUGUACGCGAUGGUGCCCUCCCUGCUCGUCAACGUGUACAUCACCGGGCUCAACCAGCUCUUCGACAUCCCCAUCGACCGCGUCAACAAGCCCACCCUGCCCCUCGCCUCCGGCGAGAUGUCGCCGGCCGUUGGCGCAGCCACGGUGCUGCUCUGCCUCGCCGGCGGCCUCGCCCUCGGCUGGGCCUUCCCGCCGCUGUGCAGCCCGGCGCUGCGCGCGACGCUGUGCGGCUCGGCCCUCCUCGGCACCGCCUACUCCUGCCCGCCAGUCCGCCUCAAGCGCUCUCCCCUCCUUGCAUCGCUCUGCAUCAUGUCGGUGCGCGGCGCACUCAUCAACUGGGGCUUCUUCGCGCACGCGGCGGAGGCGUACGGCGCGUCGGUGUCGACGGCGGCGCUGCAGGCCUGGCGCUGCGCCGGCCCGGUCGCCUUCUUCACACUGUUCGGCACCGUCAUCGCCCUCGUCAAAGACGUGCCAGACGUGCCCGGCGACGCGCGGUACGGCAUCCGAUCCUUCUCUGUCCGCGUCGGCCAGGCGCGGGUC